CCACAAAAAAAAACGCAGUUGAAGUAGGCAGCCAAUUAUCAAGACAGCUAUGAUGAGAACCGACUUGCCCGUGCUUACGAGCGCUCGCGUCGUAGUGAGAUCCUGCUUGGCGGGCGGAGACCUACCGCACGUUGUGUAUCGAGUGAACGACUUCCUCGAUGAUUUCUCGGCCGACCUCACCAUUGUUGAGGCCUACAAACGGACCAGUGACGUGCGGUUGAUGCAGCACGUCGCUGCACACGAAGAUCCCGACGAGAUAAACGCAUUCUACCGUCGCUAUCUGUUCAAUGCUGCCACGGAGAUGGCGGCGGGUAGAGGAGAUCUGGAAUCACUCAAGUGGCUGAUGGAAAAGUACCUGCCGGGGGGAUUUUUAACCAAGGCGGUAGCAGCAGCGGCAUCAAAUGGGCAUUUGCAUGUGUUGCAGUGGCUGUAUGAGAAUCACCAUGACAGAGGCUACUGGUGCAGCACCGAGAUGUGUGGAGCGCUGACGAACGGCCACGCAGAAGCGGUUAACUGGCUUCGGACACAUGCAGAACCGAGGGCUGAUAGCAUGCCGACGGUGAUGAAUACUGCCGCGGCAGUUGGGAACCUCGAUAUCGUCAAAUGGCUCCAUGAAGAACAUAGUGUUUCCGUCUACAGUGCCUUGACGCACGCAAUGACCAACCGCCAGUGGGAAACGAGUCGAUGGAUCCUGGAACACCGCGAGCUGGUCUUGCCAUGGGUCAGUUGGGACGAGGCAGCUAAGGACGGAGCACUGGGAUUUCUCCAGUUCCUUCAUUCUCACUCGAUCGGACGUGUGGGUCAUUUUACACUUCUGAUGGCAGCGUCACAUGGACACUUGGCGGUCGUGAAAUGGCUACAUUCCGGACUUGGUGUGUUGUUGUCCCCUGAUGCAGCAGGAAAUGGUCAUCUCGACAUGGUAAAAUGGCUUCAUGAACAUGGAUCGAUAUUGACUCUUGCUGCUGGUAGUGGGCAUCUUGACGUUGUCAAGUGGCUUCACGACCACGGAGUCCAUCCAACGAGUAGUUCAGCGAUAGACUUUGCUGCUCGUAGUGGUCAUCUUGACGUCGUCAAGUGGCUGUUUGACCACCAAACUGACCGCUGCGUUGACGUUCUGCUAGACGAUGCAGCAACCAACGGCAGACUCGACAUUGUGCGAUACCUGCAUGAAAAAUUAAAAGCCAACAGCACCACGUCUGCGAUGGACGGCGCAGCUCGUGAAGGACAUCUAGAAAUGGUCAACUGGCUUCAUAAACACACAAAUGUUGGCUGCACGACAUCCGCAAUGGACUGGGCUGCUCGUAAUGGCCAUCUAGAUGUCAUUAAAUGGCUGCAUGCCAAUAGAAGCGAAGGCUGCACAACGUGGGCCAUGGAUUGGGCUGCGUUAGGUGGCCAUCUUGAUAUCAUCAAGUGGUUGCAUGAGAACCGAAGCGAGGGCUGUCUCGACAACGCAAUGGACAACGCCGCCAAGAACGGUCAUCUUCAUGUCGUCAAAUGGCUACAUGUCAACCGCUCGGAGGGGUGCACUGCGAAUGCAUUGCGCGACGCCGCCGGUAACGGCCAUUUGCGCGUUGUACGAUGGUUUCUAAGCAAUCGCCGUGAAGGAUCGGUCUCUGCCGCCUCAGCGCGAGCUCUGGAGCAAUCUCGCUUGGACGUGGUGCUAUUCCUUCACACCCAUCGGCCCGACGAGUUUUCGUACUUAGGAACACGUUUCAUGCAGUUCUCGAGUAUUGAGCUUAUCGAAUGGGCCUUGCGCAACUACCCCGACAAAGUCGACGGAUGCGAGUUCAAGGUGCCAACAUGGGAUUGGCGCUUCAAUGAAUGGUGCGCCAAAAUCAAUCUGCAGCGUGUGCGAAUGAACGAAUCAUAUCGGGUCUGCAGGUGGGUCUGCGAGCUGGUCUCGCUUCGCAUCGAGAACGUUGCGGAAUAAGCAAAACGUCGGCAAAUUUCCAGAAUAAAUGCUGGGUGCUGAGACUCAGUCGUGUCACAAUCACAAAUAUUAAAAUUUAAAAAAAAAAAAAAA